AUGGGAAAGGAACUGAAUCUGACGCGUCGUCCAAUUGUUUAUUCGUGUAGCUGGCCAGCGUACAUGAUUUCAUAUCCAGAAAUGGUCAAUACUUUAGUGGAUUACAAUUUAAUCGGUAAGCACUGUAAUUUAUGGCGAAAUUUCGAUGACAUAUCCAGAUCGUGGUGGUCGAUCAAACGAAUCAUCGAUUAUUACGAUCACAAUCAAGACAAAUUGAUUCCAGCGCAAGGUCCUGGACGCUGGCAUGAUCCUGAUAUGGUUGGUUGGUUGGUUGGUUGCACGGAGGCGAUUGCCGACCCACAAUCCAAUUAUGCCAGUGAAAUUCCUAGGCGAUCAACAAAUUUCGCACUGUAUUCUGAUGUUUCUGUCGUUUUUCAAACAUUCAGCGUUGAUUGUUUCGGUAUCAAAAUCUUUCAAAAAAGAAAUCGCACUUUUUGUUCUGAUACAAAAAAUCGAGUGAACCGUUAUUAA